GCGAAUGGCAGUCUAAACAUGGGAAUUCAGGGGCAACAGAUGGGAACCCAAGGAAUUGGACAAAAUCCAUAUAACCAGCAGGUGUUAUCCAUGGAUCCAUUUCAACAGCAGCAGCAACUUUUCAUGAUGCAGUCGCAGCAAAUGCAGCCAGUUUUUCAACAGCAGCAGCAACAGCAGGUAUUUUUUAAUUGUUAG